CCUGGUUCUCUGUUCUCUGUCCUGGUUCUCUGUUCUCCUCUCUCCUCCACAGACCCCUCAGCUGUGAUGUCGGGCCGCGGGAAGCUGAUCGCUGUUAUCGGGGACGAGGACACGUGCACGGGCUUCCUGCUGGGAGGCGUCGGAGAACUCAACAAGAACCGCAAACCCAACUUCCUGGUGGUGGAGAAGGACACCAGCGUCACCGAGAUAGAGGAGACCUUCAAGAGCUUCUUGGCCCGUAACGACAUCGGCAUCAUCCUCAUCAACCAGUUCAUCGCUGAGAUGAUCCGUCACGCCAUCGACGGACACAUGCAGUCCAUCCCGGCGGUCCUGGAGAUCCCGUCCAAGGAGCAUCCGUACGACGCCGCCAAGGACUCCAUCCUGCGCCGCGCCAAGGGCAUGUUCUCCGCCGAGGACUUCCGAUAGACGUAUUGAUCACCCAGAACCUCACGUAUUGAUCACCGUACGGUGAUGGUAGAUUCAACGUGGAUCAAUAUAUCGAUCGUUCUCUGUGUGUGAAUAUGAAACGUAAUAAAGUUUCCUGUGUUUGUUCCAGAUGUUCUAAUAAAUAGAUGUUAAUAAAUAUU